UUGGUAGAAGAAACAGAGAGCCCUGCCCUAAACUCACGCCAUUGGCUGAGCUGUUGUUGUGUCAGUCUGGCUUCACAAACAAACAGAGCCACAGAGAAAUGUUUACACUUUCAGGAGACGUGACCUACAAAUGGCUUACUUGUAUUACAGAGUUAAGCUGGGACAAACAGAAAUUCACAGCUAGAAACUAUUAGAUGAGAGGUUACUGGAUCAAUAUGAACACAUCAACUUCCAUUUACACAGUCUGUGAUCUCACAGGAGAAAAAAAGAUAAAAGGAGAGGACAGGAAAAAGACUGUGUGUGUGUGUGUGUGUGUGUGUGUGUGUGUGUGUGUGUACCCAUACAUGGAGAGGUGGGGGUGAAGAAUGGGAGGAGAGAGAGGAAAGAAAAAAAGAGAGGAGGGGAAAGAGGGCAUGAAAGUGAGGUGUGUCUUGAUCUGUAGUGCACAUCUUCACAAACCCUGUCCUGCUGUCUACCAUCCCAGCCAGAUGAUGUCAUCAGAGGUCUUUGUUCCUGGUUGGCUGCAGCAGCUGCUGGUCGUGCUGCUCAGGUUUGCUCUGUUCUUCGCGGCCCCGGUGAACUUGACCAAUGGGAUGGAGUGCAGCGCUCGAGGACCCGCCUCUUACAUCCUGGUGUUCACAGGCCACUGGAGUCCACAGACCUUCCCCAAACAGUAUCCCUUAUUCCGACCACCUGCGCAGUGGUCCAAACUCAUGGCCGUGACCCAUAAUGAGCAGUACCGGCUGUGGCAGGAGGGGGCGCCUGCGAGCGAUGGCAUGAAGAGCUUUGCUGAGCAGGGACUCACAGUGGAUCUGGUGAAGGAUGCCAAGGAGGCGAGGAAGAGGCGAGUGGUGGGGUCCAUGUACCGUACAGCCGGGAUCCCCUCUGGUAUCGGCCACAGCUCCACAGAGCUGCUCCUGACGCCCAGGACCCCACUGCUGUCUCUGAUAGUGAAAGUGAUCCCCAGUCCAGACUGGUUUGUGGGGGUGGACAGUCUGAACCUGUGUGAGGGUGGGCAAUGGAAACAGGAAGUGACCUUUGACUUGCACCCAUUUGAUGCUGGCACAGAUAGCGGCUUCACUUUCUCCUCACCAAACUUUCCAACAACACCCCCUGAAAAUAUCACAAUGGUGAGAUCUCAAAAGCCAAACCACCCUGCAAAUUCCUUCUAUUACCCUCGGCUGACUGAACUCCCGCCUCUGGCCACCGUUUGGGUGAAGCGACAGGGCCACACACCUGUCCGUCAACAGAACCGACUGUCCAAUCACAUAUUUUCAAAUAGUCUACACAACCAAAAAAACAGAUUCUCAGAAACGCCGCUGGACUGCGAGGUGUCCAUGUGGUCGUCCUGGGGCCUGUGUCUGGGGCCAUGCUCUCGGGGUGGCCUGCGCCAUCGCACCCGUUACAUCCUGCUCAAACCCGCCAACAGCGGCACGCCGUGCCCCGAGCUGGAGGAGCAGGAGGAGUGCACGCCGCACAACUGCCUGGCGUAUCAGUGAUGCCGGUCAUGCCGCUGGCAUAGACACUUUGACGCUGUCCAAGCGGAGAGUCGAGUUUAACCUCAUGCCAAUGCUGAGUCACUGCUGCAGAAUGUGGGAGAGCCGCCCGGCUGGACGUCCUGUGAGCUGCAUUGGCUCCUCUCCUCGCUGGAAAAGAGCGGCUCGUAUUCUGUUAAUAGAGACUUUGAUUAUGGGUGCUGCAUUCGCAGUAAUCUCAGUGUAUCUUUGCGUAAUCGCACACUAUUUUGCCAGUAUAGAUUUGUGGAAUAGAUGACUUGCAGUUGCCCGACCACUGAUUUUAACAUAGCUACAUGAAUUAACAUAAGCUUCCACUUGGAUCUCACAACAAUAGCAACUGUUUUGAGUUGGGUUUUGAGUGAUUUGUAGUGGGCUUUAGAAGGUUUAGUGGUGAAAUGACACUUGAAGACACCCCAGCUUCUGUCUCAUACAGGCCUAAUUAUGUUCAGAAUGCAGUAUGCAUAAAGUUUACAAUAUUAUCUCGUGAGGAAUCACACAAAACUGUCAUAUGUCAUUUAUUUAAUAAGGGACCGUUUAGAUGUUGCCGGUCAAGAGUUUGUAAUCAUGAAGAUUGAAGAAGUCUCUUAUGCUCAACAGUUUGAACAAAUAUUCAGUAAAAACUGUAAUAUUGUGAAAUAUUAUUACAAAUUAACGUGUUCUAUUUGAA